AUGGCUGAGGCUAAGGCUGAAAUGAGGAAACCGGUGCUCACCAAGGUCAACCAACUUCGUCCGGGCACCAGUGGUCAUACUCUGACGGUGAAGGUCGUUAGUUCAAAAAUGGUAAUGCAGAAGGGGCGUUCAGAUGGGCCUCAAAUGCGCCAGAUGCGCAUUGCAGAGUGCUUGGUCGGUGAUGAAACUGGAAUGAUUGUUUUCACAGCUAGAAAUGACCAAGGUAACAUCUUACUUUUUAAUGAAUCACUUGUGACAUUCUAUGAGACUAAUCUUUUGUUGUGAUAAUUUGAUCGACCAAGGUUCUUAAUGGAAUUGAAAGAUAACAAAUUGGCUGUGUCACUUUCCUGACUUAUUUCAACAAAAUUUUACUGGUUUUGAUGCAGAUGAAAUUGCUAUUUGAAUUUCAUUUAAUUGAUGUGGAAGUAUUUUGUCCAAUGCCCCAACUGUGCUCUCUCAGUGCAGAACUCUUGUGUGGACUUCAACAAAAACUUUAAUAGUUGUUUCUGAAUAUUUUUAGCCAGCGGAUAGCCUCUACUUUUUGCAAUAGUGACGUGUUGUCUUACUUGUGGUACAUGAUUCAGGCACUUGUAGUUUCCUGGAGGGAUUUAUCAAACUUUCACUCGCUUGAAUAUGAGAGCAUUCAUAGAAAGCAUAGGAGAAACUUGUAGAAAGGUCUGGGAGAAGCACAUCUUGGGAAUUAAUUUAAAAGUUGUUUGAAUAUAAUGGAUACAUGUUCUCCAGGUGGCUUUAAAAAAAGAAGAUUAUCAGAAUUCAGUUGCGUUUUGGUCAAUGAUGUUAUGCCAUUUUUAUUUUCCCUUAUUUUAAGACUUCAUACAAUGUCAUCUUCCUCCCGAAGAGUGUAUAUCUAGAAAAUGUUCUAUGAUUUUAUUGUUUUCCACAUAGAUACUCAAUAUCAGAAGAUAAGGCAUGUCAUUAUUUUCUACUAUAAAGAAGAUUGAAGAAAUCUCAGUCUCCUCUCCCUCCCUUGGUUGAACGUAGAGGUGGGAGAUGAAAGAGUGGGCUGGCAUAGUCCUUGUUUUUCUACCUAUUUGAGGUUCACAAGAUUUAAUUUCAAUGACUGACUUUGAAAAUACUCUCGAGAUCAAUUAAGACAUGUUUUUAACCCAUUGAGAAUCCAAAGAGAAACCUGAAAAGUGAAAACAGAAUCAGAAACAGAUAUAUUAAUUAAUUUUUGCGGAAUAUAUACUUAAUUAGGUGAAGCAGUACAAUAUCAGUCAUGAGUGCAGAGGUCAAACGGUGUAAUAUUCUGUCGGCUGGGAACCAGUCCUGGCAGCCGAGUCCCUUUUAAUUUUAGCUGACCAAUUCACCGAAAAGAAUUUCCUAUUAAAAUUUGAAUGAGAAUAUCGGCUUAAGAUUUUUUUUAACUGGGAAGAAGAAUAAGAUUUUUGGGAUAGAUGGUCUCAGUACCUACCAUUCGAUUAGCAUUUAAACUUUUCAAGAUGAGUUGUUAAACUGUAUAAGUGUGAAUCAGGUUUGUGGGGUACUGAGAAAGUAUACAUUUGUCCAAGAAGACUUUUGUGCAAUAACUCAUAUGUGUUAAGAAGAUGAUAAAAGAGGUCGAUUAAGGCUCAGUUUGCUUACAGGAAACAAAAAUGAUGAUGAUUGUCCUGCAUUUGGGCUACUUGUAUUACAGAAAAAUGAGAGACUGGGCGUAUAUCCCUACAAAUGGAUAAAGUGGAUCAUGUGACGGGGGUAAAUAGUUACGGGAUAGGUCAGAUUCAGCGACUAGUCAGUGAAUCGUAAUCUUCAAAUUUUAAAAACGAUGGUCGGAAUGGUUGUGCUGGAGUCUAUGUGCCCAUUAUUGUAAACAGAAAAGAGACAUGACAUUCGAAUGGUGUGAUCUUCGGCAAGGAGACUUCCAAGUCUACAGAGCUUCCAUUGGAAGAAGUACCACAAACUCCUGUCGACCAAAGACAAGAUAUCCUGCAGAAUAGUCCGAAUGGAAAACUCCAUUUACUUGUUUGUGUUGAGAAGCCUUUGUCUGGUCUCCUACAGAGUCUCAUUGCUGGUGGGAAGUGCCGUAUACCCCUGGCCAGGGAGAUUCCGGCCACAAAUCAUCUGAAGGAACUCUCCUAUCAAACCAUUUAUUGUGGUAAUAAUUUCAAGAAAAGUACUGGAAACAAAGGCCAUCCUUCCCUCUAAAUGAUCCUCAUUCUUUUGUCCUGUUUUUCUUACUCUUUUCCUCGUUCCCCGUUUCCUUUAUCUACUAUGAUUUACUUCUCAAGUGAAUGGGGAAGAUUCCCAACAACACUCAACUGAACUGAAUGGAGCUCACAAAUGUUUGUAGAUGGUGACUAGACAUGACUCAAAGCUAGAAUGGAAGUUCAAGUAUAAAACGCAUGUCUAGAUGGUCCGAGAAUUAAGUAUCUCCCAUGUUAGACUACAUAUGGUGCGUACAAAGGUGAUGAGUUUGGCCAGGCCUGACAACUGAGCUCAUUGCAUCAAUCGUAUACUCCACACCCAAGGCUGCAGGUCUAAUUAGACCCAAAAUAUUAAUGGCAGGUUGGACCCUAUCGAGGGAAUUCCGCUUUUCUCAAUUUCAUGAGAAAAGUCACGCGCUAUAUAUAGACAGUGGAAAUAUUCAAUUCAAUUAUACAAGUUUUAUCAGCUCAGAUUGAAGAAUGUGGCCUGAAAAUAGCCACUACCUUUCAAUUUUACGUAUAUUGUAGAAUGGAGUAUGAUUUAAAGGAGGAAUGGAAACUAGUUCAUACCAUUGAAUGUUCAAUGCCUCUUAUAAGGACUAGAAGACAGCAGCUCAUUGCUUGCUAUUCGGUGUGAGAAGAAUUGACAUGAAGAGUCGUUCUAAUGUAAUGUUCCAUAUUAGCUUAGCUAAGGAGAGUAAUGGAAGCUGUCAUAUUACUGUUCAGAAAUAAAAUCUCAUGAGGAUGCAGUUGCCUUGGCAGAACCAUUCUCUAAAGUUGAUGAGAACCUGGCAGCCGUCUGUCACUCCACGCAGCACAUAAUCCAGAACAAUAUGAUCCGAUAUACUAGACAGACUUUAGACCACUCUGUGCUAAAUGCAAUAUAUUAACUGAAACCAUAGCCUAUGAUAGUUAGAAGGAUUUGUGGAUGGCGUUAUAGGCCAUGGGAAAUGUUGUCAAUAACUGGAAAAAAAUGCCUCAUUGUCUCAAAACAGGCUUCGAAAAAACCAUAACAAGUUUGCUGUUUGAGACGAUUAACUUCGAUGCCUCUUUCAGAACACCAACUUACUCCCCUUAUUAUUUGCUAUCAUCAUACGAGCUUCUAGCUCUGAUUGAGAAUGCCUUCAAGCAUUCUGGUUUCAGAAAAUGAUGCUCAGGUGGGGUGGCGAUGACAAGCAGCAUCUCUCUAAUGCUGUGAAUGGGGGGAUUGAAGUCCUGUUUCUCUGGCACAAGACUGCAGAUGGAUUCCUAGGAGAGAAACUUAGGGCACGACAUAGUGAUGCAAUUACCACCCUCCAACUUCCCUGAAAAUUUCAGCUGAAUAAUGCUACAUACUUUGGAAUCUCAACUAUGCAAUGGCUAUUUCUGUGUAAAUAUAUUUCUACAUAAAAUCGGAGUCCAUAAUCCUUAGAAGGAAAAGAAACCCUAGAGGGGUGAGAUAUCUACUGCUUUGAAAAAUGAUCAACAGACCAUGUGAAUCGUAACAUGCCGAUUUCAGACGAAACCUUGGUUUAAUUUAGGAAAUUUUUCCAUGGAAUAUGAAUAGAUGAUGUAAUAUUUUCCUGUAGUGGGUCAAUUCUUUGUUUUUUUUCCCUUCCAAGAUGCGUUUUUUUUCAUGCUAGUGGGUACUUCAUCUGGGUGCAGUGGACAUUGUGAAGCCAGAUGCAACCAUAAUCCUGCGGAACGCCAAAAUCGACAUGUUCAAAGGUUCGAUGAGGCUUGCCGUGGACAAAUGGGGCCGUGUUGAAGCCACCGACCCCUCAGAUUUCUCGGUCAAAACAGACAACAACCUCUCCCUCCUGGAGUUUGAAAUGGUCAACGUCGUCGAAUGA